CCGAUUUGUUUCGUGGACGUGCUCGCGUUUGGAUAAAUCCUGCCGCUGCAUGUUCCUGCUCUUCUUUUCCUCCUACUCUUCCUCUGUCUUGCUUUCUGGGUUUGUUAACUCCGCUGGUUGUGGUUCCUUUCUUCACCGUUGCUUUCGCUGCUGGCUUCGAGCUUUGCUGUUUUUGCUCCUUCGGUUCUCGCUACUAACUUUUGUGUGGUUAGUUCUGGUACUUCGUUUGCUUAGGAUACUGUCUACCCUUCGCUGCUACUCUCAAUCUGUCUCUCCUUCCCUUUUUUUAACAAGCUGCCAUCACUUUUUGUUUUUGUUCCUCCCGUUGCUAGCUUCCGUGCUAAGGGCCAUGUAUUUCAAAACCUUGUUUUAUGCAUUCUGCUGCUGAGCUCCAUCAAUCGUUUGCUACUUCUUUCGUGCCGCUAGUGUUUGCCCUUCUCCUGCUCAACCUCGUUUCUCGUCUUUCCGCAGCUUUGAUUCUCUAACUUGGCAUUUUGGAAUUGUUAGCCCUUGAUUUGGCUUCUUUAUUUUCCUUGGCUACGAAAUCUGCCUUGCCUUGGGACGGUGGCUUCCUUUACUAUGAUUUUUAUUUGGCCUACAGUUUUCCCCACUCUUUUUAUUUUCUAGAUCGAAAUUUGCUAUAUAUAUUGCACUGGGAUAUUUUUCUGCAGUUGCAAUUAUUCUAAAGAAACUCGCAUUUGCUAUAUAUAUUGCUAGCAGUUCCAAAAUAUUUUUAUUAGAAUAUUUUUUUACAUACUGUCUACUCACGCGCAUGGGCACGCGCUAAUCACUAGUGAAAAUUUAUUCACGUGGCAUAGUCCAUUUGGCCGCGCUGUCCUGACCGGCGCGAUAGCCGGUCUCCAUCGGAAAACCGUGGUGCGGCUCCAAUAUAGUGCCUACGGGGCUAGAUCUGUCACGCCACUAACGUGAUAAGAAUUAUAAAUCGAGACCGCUCUGAUUAUCUUCUUCCCUUCCCAUUCUUAUCCCUCACCUGCUCUAGGAGAACCCUUGCUACUCAGCCGCCGGUGGCCUCCGCCCCUCAAUCCCAUAAAUCCACCCUUUUUAGGUUGGAAAACUUAGGGGAAAUGUUCCUCACUGUCAGACCCGGAGCAGCGGGACUGCUCAUAGGCAUAGAAUGUUCUAGAGUAAGGGAUAACGCACGGAUGUACCAUACCUCUCUUGUAACUACCCAAAUAGGCGUAGAACUAGCUGUUAUACAAGGAAACUACCCGACUAUGUUGUAGUAGGACUCCAACUGUAAUCGGUUAGGAUUUUCCAUGUAACCCUGUCCCUUCGGAUAUAUAAGGACUUGCAGGGACACCCUCAAAACAAAUCAACACCCAAGGUAAUACAAGCAACCACACAAGACGUAGGAUAUUAAGCAUCUUGUGGCUCGAACCUGUCUAAAUCCUUGUAUUCUUUGCACCAUCGAGUUUCAGAGCUAGUCGAUCCCUACCUACAAUCCUACUGCUAAGGGUAUCUGUUGGAUUGUUAUUCCAGCCAGUCCACCAGGGGUGUACCCGGCGGUAGAGUUUCAGGACGGGGAUCUUAGGACCAAGAGCUCGAUGGUAACACGAAGACGCAGAGACUUAGACAGGUUCAGGCCGCGAUGUGCUUAAUAGCCUACGUCCUGUGUUUGGGGUUGUAUUAGGUGAUGAGGACAUCGCCAUGCUGGACAUGCACGAACCGGCCUCAUCUCCAAGUUAUAAGUCGACUCCAACUCGGUUUUCACGUUCAUCUCGGAUUCAGCCAACACCCUUGCACGGUUUCGACGAUAUCUCCCUCAUACGGAGUCGGAAUGAGGUGAUCUUGAAUGCGUUGGAAUCGUGACGAUGAGACGCUUCUUUUGGUUCUGGUCCCAGCUCCAGAAGCCUCGUAGAUCAUUCUGUGUGACCAUGGGAAUGUGCUGCGACACCCAUUUUGGGCCUUUUUCAGGCUUUGUAUCGCGUCGGGCCUUAAGCCCAAGUUGUGGGUGCCCCCCUGGUCGCCCCCAACCAUAGGACGCCCCCUUCUCCUUUAAACUCAGUAGCCGUCGCCAUUUAGACUUGGGUUUUGUUUAGUUCUUGUGUUUUCCUUCGAGAAACAGAGAUUGAUUCGUUGUAACUGUGGCGACAAGUCCUUUUACAGUGAUCCAGGGCCCCCGUUCUUGAUCUCCUCCACUGUGUCGAUUAGUCCUUUGGAAUCGAGUUCUCAAACCACUCUUUGAUUCGCUUCAUUCAUAUUUGCAAUAUCAGAUUGCGUGUUUACAUCUUCUUGCUUGUGUUCUUCGAUUCGCUUGCAGGAAAAGCCUUCUCGGCGAGGUCAAUCAAGUUGUGCUUGGUUGAUAACCAACAGAGCAGUGGUAUAACGGUUGCUUGACUUCGAAUCGUGCUGAUUAGAAGCCGGAUCGCUAACGUCACACACUCCACCAAUCGAAUUUACCUCUACCUCUCGGAAGUUCGGGCCGCGUCUACAUCAAGUGGUAUCAGAUUUCAGGUUUCCCGUGAGGUCACAUCCCACCUCUGUUUAAGGUGCAAAUUUUUGUGGUUGGAGCUUGUGUUACAUCUGUUCGGAGAAAAAUAUAUAAAAAGAUAGUUGAAAAAAAAAAGAAAUCCUGAUUCCUACUAGUCCUGGAGGUUUUUCGCGGAAAAAAUUAAAAACAAGUGCGUCUCCAAGGAUGAACUUAAGAAACUUGUUGAUGACCAUCGCACCUACAUCGACGGGAAGUUCAAUGAGAUGAUGCGCAGUAUCAAUGGAGUUGUCACACGCCUUGAGCAUAUUGAACAACAUCCCCCUCGACAGCGACACCGACGCCACCCUCCUGAUGGUGAUGAGGACGAGGAUGAGGAUGCCGUCCUUGAUGAUGAUGAGGAUCGUGAUGCGUACCGUCUUCGGCGCAAUCAUCAAGGUAUUGGUGGUAAUCAUAAUCAUGGUAACAAUGAUUCUUUUGCUAAAACUAAAUUUACCAUGAUUCCUUUUGCUGGUACUGCUGAUCCUGAGGCUUAUUUAGAUUGGGAACUCAUUGUUGAACAAAAGUUUAAUUCUCAUUUGGUUCCUGCUGAGCAUAGAGUCAGACUUGCUACUAGUGAAUUUACUAGUUUUGCUUUGUUUUGGUGGAAUGAUCUUUGCAAUGCUGGUAAUGCUGCUGCUGUGCCUCAAACUUGGCCUAUUUUGAAACAACGCAUGAAGUCUCAUUUUGUUCCUCCUUAUUACCAGUGCGAUCUACGUUUAAAAUUGCAAAAUUUAAAACAAGGUGAUAAAGGAGUAGAGGAAUAUUAUCAGGAAUUGCUUAUUGGUCUAGCAUGUUGUGGUAUUCAUGAGGAUGAUGAUGAUACUAGUGCUAGGUUCUUUGGUGGUUUAAAUCUUGAUAUACAGUAUAUUCUUGAUUACAAAGAAUGGACUUGUUUUCCCAAUCGUACCAUCUUGCUCUUAAGGUAGAACGGGAAGUACGGGACGCCGCAUUGUCCAACAUUCUUUCAGGUCCAACACUGGGAGAUCGUUUCAGCAGCGUUCCGACGUGGAGAAGCCUAAGGCGCCUGUUGCUAAGCCACCAGCAACACCACCAGCAACACCACCAGCUCCUGCGCCAGCUUCUGAGGUAAGUAAUGUGUCUACUGUGCAGGCCCAACAACACAAGAAGCAUGCUACGCUUGAAAGGGGGUCUUCGAGUAGAUCAUCUACAAACAUCGUGUGCCACCGCUGCAAGGGAAUGGGACAUGUCAUGAAGUAUUGUCCAAGUACUCGAGCUUUCAUCACUGCACCUGAUGGUAAUGGAUAUGUAAGUGCUAGUGAUGUUGAGGAUGAAUUGGUUCUUGCAGCUAACUUUGUUGCAGAUUCGGAGGACGAGUGUGAGGCAAUUGAUUCUGCGGCUGCGAUAAAGGACCUUCCUAGUCUUCUUGUGCAGCGUGUGCUGACUUCUAAAGUGGAACAUGAUGACGAGGAGAAAAUCCAACGCAAGAAUUUGUUCCACAUGUUUCUCCAAGUUAAGGAUUGCCGUGUUCUCACCGUAAUUGAUAGCGGGAGUUGCAACAACUUGGUGAGUUUAGAUUUGAUCAAGAGGUUUGGUUUGCCCACUCAUUCUAUUCCUCAGCCUUACUACCUUGAAUGGUUCAGCACUAGUGGUAAGACUAAGCUAACUAAAUCAGCACGCAUACACUUUUCGGUUGGUUUUUAUCAUGACUAUGCUGAUUUUGAUGUUGUACCUAUGCAAUCAUCUUCAUUGUUGUUAGGACGACCAUGGGAAUUUAAUAAUGAUGUUGCACACCAUGGUAGAACUAAUACAUACACUUUCAUGCAUAAGAACAAAAAGAUUACUUUGCUUCCUUUAUCACCAGCUGAUAUUAGGAAACAUUUUAAUGAGUUUGCUGCAAAUGAUAAGAAAACACCUCCUAGUAAUGACUCUUGUGAUGCUCAAACUAAUAGAAUUAAAUUGAAGGAUGGUGUUUAUAUUGCUACUACAUCUUCUGCUGCUGUGUUAUGUGAUAACUCUGAUGCACCUUAUUAUACAAUGCUUUGUCGGGAUAUGUGUUUUAUUAACAAUGAUCCUAUGCCACAUAUUUUGUAUCAUGUUGUCACUAACCUUUUGCAGGAAUUUGAUGCUGGGAUGGAGAUGAGGAUGACUCCAAUUCAAGAAGGGGAGGAUGAUGAGGACAUCGCCACGCUGGACAUACACGAACCGGCCUCAUCUCCAAGUUACAAGUCGACUCCAACUCGGUUUUCACGUUCAUCUCGGAUUCAGCCAACACCCCUGCGCGGUUUCGGCGAUAUCUCCCUCAUACAGAGUUGGAAUGAGGUGAUCUUGGAUGCAUUGAAAUCGUGACGACGAGAUGCUUCUUUUGGUUCUGGUCCCAACUCCAGAAGCCUCGAGGAUCAUUCUGUGUGACCACGGGAAGGUGCUGUGACACCUGUUUUGGGCCUUUUUUAGGCUUUGUAUCGUGUCGGGCCUUAAGCCCAAGUUGUGGGUGCCCCCCUAGUCACCCCCAACCCUAGGACACCCCCUUAUCCUUUAAACUCAGUAGCCACCACCAUUUAGACUUGGGUUUUGUUUAGUUCUUGUGUUUUCCUUCGAGAAACAGAGAUUGAUUCGUUGUAACUGUGGCGACAAGUCCUUUUACAGUGAUCCAGGGCCCCCGUUCUUGAUCUCCUCCACUGUGUCGAUUAGUCCUUUGGAAUCGAGUUCUCAAACCACUCUUUGAUUCGCUUCAUUCAUAUUUGCAAUAUCAGAUUGCGUGUUUACAUCU